AAAAGGAGAGGUCGGGAUGGACGGAGUGAAGAGUAGAGACCAGAGAGCUUGCCGGCGUCUCGGGUAAUGCCUGGUGAUGGUGUGGGGUGUGUUCACCGUGGAGAGAACCCAGCGGCUCGUGGGCACAAGGGCCGAAGAAGCCGAGAGGCUCAGGUGCCGGACAGCACGCAUGCGCGGGCCCGUAGCCGCGGCAGUCACCUUCUGGGUCAACCGCCCGGAUCUUGCGCGGCGCCGCACUGCAGGCGCCUCCCGCCCCAACGAGGAGGCCUGACUCACUUUCUUCUCCUUCCCGCCGCCCAGAACCCGGCGGCCAAACCAGGCCCGCGGGGCCCGCGACGCCAGCGUCGACGGCGGCUGCGACGGCCUCUGGGAGCGCGUGAGGCUCCGGGGUCGCUGCGGCGAUUGGCCGGCCGCGGCGCCCGCUCCCAUAAUGCAGCGCAUGGCGCGUCAUUGAAGAGAGACCAUGAUGGCGGCGGCGCUUGGGCCCCCAGAAGUGAUCGCUCAGCUGGAGAACGCGGCCAAAGUUCUGAUGAUUUUAUUUAUUUAUUCGUGAGAGACAGAGAGAGAGAGAGAGAAGCAGAGGGAGAAACAGGCUCCCAAGGAGCAGGGAGCCCGAUGCGGGACUCGAUCCCAGGACUCUGGGACCAUGACCUGAGCCGAAGGCAGACGCUUAACCGUCUGAGCCACCCAGGCGCCCAGCUAGCUUCGUUUUAUGCACCACCUUCCAUGGUUAAUAAUGAACAACGCCAGCAUGCAGAGCACAUAUUCUUAUCAUUUAGGAAAUCAAAAUCACCAUUUGCGGUUUGCAAGCAUAUUUUGGAAACAAGUAAAGUGGACUAUGUCCUCUUUCAAGCUGCCACAGCCAUAAUGGAAGCAGUUGUCCGAGAGUGGAUUCUCUUGGAAAAAGGUAGCAUCGAGUCACUGCGAACAUUCCUUUUAACAUAUGUCUUACAAAGGCCUAACCUCCAAAAGUAUGUUCGGGAACAGAUUCUAUUAGCAGUAGCAGUAAUUGUAAAACGAGGAUCCUUAGAUAAAUCAAUUGACUGCAAAAGCAUUUUUCAUGAAGUCAGCCAGUUGAUAAGUAGUGGCAAUCCCACUGUGCCAUCUGUCCACCACUGUGGCUUGGAUCCCCAGUCUGAUGUACCAGGGUCUCAACUGAAGGACUGCGUAAGCAAGUUGUCAGGACGUUGGAACUUCUUCUACAUACCCAAACAAACCCUGGCCUGUUCUAUUCUAACUGCACUAUUGAGUGAAUUCUCAAGUUCAAGUAAAACUAGCAACAUUGGACUCAGUAUGGAAUUCCAUGGUAACUGUAAAAGAGUUUUUCAGGAAGAAGACCUUCGUCAAAUCUUCAUGUUAACGGUUGAAGUUCUUCAGGAGUUCAGCAGGCGGGAGAACCUCAAUGCUCAGAUGUCUUCGGUAUUUCAGCGUUACCUUGCACUCGCCAAUCAAGUCUUGAGCUGGAACUUUCUUCCUCCAAAUUUGGGCAGACAUUAUAUAGCUAUGUUUGAAUCCUCACAAAAUGUGCUGUUAAAGCCAACAGAGUCCUGGCGGGAGACUCUUCUGGAUAGCAGAGUUAUGGAGCUGUUCUUCACAGUACAUCGAAAAAUCAGAGAAGAUUCAGAUAUGGCACAAGAUUCUCUUCAGUGCCUUGCCCAGUUAGCUUCUCUUCAUGGACCUAUCUUCCCCGAUGAAGGAUCACAAGUUGAUUAUCUAGCACACUUCAUUGAGGGAUUACUGAAUACUAUCAAUGGAAUUGAAAUAGAAGAUUCAGAAGCUGUGGGAAUCUCCAGCAUUAUCAGCAACCUGAUAACUGUGUUCCCACGAAAUGUUUUAACUGCCAUUCCAAAUGAACUUUUCUCAUCCUUUGUUAACUGCCUCACACACCUCACUUGUUCUUUUGGGCGAAGUGCUGCAUUGGAAGAAGUGCUUGAUAAAGAUGACAUGGUAUACAUGGAAGCCUAUGACAAAUUGCUAGAAUCCUGGCUAACUUUGGUUCAAGACGACAAACAUUUCCAUAAAGGCUUUUUUACCCAACAUGCAGUUCAAGUUUUCAACUCCUAUAUUCAGUGCCACCUCGCAGCUCCAGAUGGCACGAGGAAUUUGACUGCCAAUGGUGUGGCCUCUCGUGAGGAAGAAGAAAUAAGUGAACUUCAAGAGGAUGAUCGAGACCAGUUUUCAGAUCAACUAGCCAGUGUAGGAAUGCUAGGAAGAAUUGCUGCAGAACACUGUAUACCUCUUCUGACAAGUUUAUUAGAAGAAAGAGUAACAAGGCUCCAUGGUCAGUUACAGCGACAUCAGCAGCAGUUACUUGCUUCACCUGGUUCAAGCACUAUUGACAACAAAAUGCUUGAUGAUCUGUAUGAAGAUAUUCACUGGCUUAUUUUAGUUACAGGCUACCUCUUAGCUGAUGAUACUCAGGGAGAGACUCCGCUAAUACCUCCAGAAAUAAUGGAAUAUUCCAUUAAGCAUUCAUCUGAAGUUGACAUUAAUACAACACUUCAAAUUUUGGGAUCUCCAGGAGAAAAGGCUUCUUCCAUCCCAGGGUACAACAGAACAGAUUCUGUGAUUAGGCUGUUAUCUGCCGUUCUGAGAGUUUCAGAAGUUGAAUCUCGAGCAAUAAGAGCAGAUCUCACUCAUCUACUAAGCCCUCAAAUGGGCAAAGAUAUUGUUUGGUUUCUAAAACGUUGGGCAAAGACUUACCUCCUGGUGGAUGAGAAACUAUAUGAUCAGAUAAGUCUGCCAUUCAGUACAGCAUUUGGAGCAGAUACAGAAGGUUCUCAGUGGAUUAUUGGCUACCUCUUACAAAAAGUCAUCAGUAACCUCUCAGUGUGGAGUAGUGAACAGGACCUUGCAAAUGACACUGUGCAGCUCCUUGUCACUUUGGUGGAAAGAAGAGAAAGGGCAAACUUAGUAAUUCAGUGUGAAAACUGGUGGAACUUAGCUAAGCAGUUUGCAAGCCGAAGCCCACCUCUGAAUUUCUUGUCAAGUCCUGUGCAGAGGACAUUGAUGAAGGCUCUUGUUUUGGGAGGUUUUGCACAUAUGGACACAGAAACCAAACAGCAGUAUUGGACAGAGGUUCUUCAGCCACUUCAGCAGCGAUUCUUAAGAGUGAUAAAUCAAGAAAACUUUCAGCAGAUGUGUCAGCAAGAGGAAGUCAAGCAGGAAAUCACUGCCACACUGGAGGCCCUGUGUGGCAUUGCUGAGGCUACCCAGAUUGACAAUGUAGCAAUUCUUUUUAAUUUUUUGAUGGACUUCCUUACCAAUUGCAUUGGAUUGAUGGAAGUUUACAAAAAUACCCCAGAGACUGUCAAUCUCAUAAUAGAAGUUUUUGUUGAAGUUGCACAUAAACAGAUAUGCUAUCUUGGAGAGUCCAAAGCUAUGAACCUAUAUGAAGCUUGCCUUACUUUGCUGCAAGUAUAUUCUAAGAAUAACUUAGGGCGGCAAAGAAUAGAUGUUACAGCAGAGGAAGAGCAAUACCAAGACCUGCUUCUCAUUAUGGAACUUCUUACUAACCUUCUGUCAAAAGAAUUCAUAGAUUUCAGUGAUACAGAUGAAGUGUUCAGAGGACAUGAGCCAGGGCAAGCAGCAAACAGGUCUGUGUCCGCAGCUGAUGUUGUUUUAUAUGGAGUGAACCUAAUUCUGCCUCUGAUGUCACAAGAUCUUUUGAAGUUUCCAACCCUUUGUAAUCAGUACUACAAAUUAAUCACAUUUAUCUGUGAGAUUUUUCCUGAAAAAAUACCACAGCUUCCUGAAGAUCUUUUUAAAAGUCUGAUGUACUCUCUAGAACUAGGAAUGACAUCAAUGAGUUCGGAGGUUUGCCAGCUGUGCCUGGAAGCUUUGACACCAUUAGCUGAACAGUGUGCUAAAGCACAAGAAACAGAUUCACCACUUUUUCUAGCAACACGGCACUUUCUUAAGCUGGUUUUUGAUAUGCUGGUUUUGCAAAAGCACAACACAGAGAUGACCACUGCAGCUGGUGAAGCUUUCUACACGUUGGUGUGCUUGCAUCAGGCUGAAUAUUCUGAAUUGGUUGAAACAUUACUGUCAAGUCAACAAGACCCAGUUAUUUACCAGAGAUUAGCAGAUGCUUUCAACAAGCUUACUGCAAGCAGCACUCCUCCUACGCUGGAUCGGAAGCAGAAGAUGGCCUUCCUAAAGAGUUUAGAAGAAUUUAUGGCAAAUGUUGGUGGUCUCCUUUGUGUAAAAUAAACAACAAAACUUUAUGCUUAAUUUAGAUCUUUCUGCAAAGUGCACUGAAUUGCUAAAAGCUGACUUGAGUCUUGUCCUGUUCUUCAGUUCUUUGGCCGUUUUGGAUUUUGGAGAGCCUGAAAGUUUGAUAUGUAAUGCAGUGAAACAGGAGAGGUCACCUUUGAAUCAGCUUCUGCAGUUGGGUGUUAGCCACAGUCUGUCAUAUAUGUCUUGUAGAUUUUGAAUGGUGAUUUAAGAUUUCCAAUUCCAUAUAUGUGCAAACAGAUAUGGGCACCAUGAAAUGCAUAUUCAGUGCCUUUCCCCCUUUAUCAAAACAUUAGAUGGCUAGCCAAAGUUUAGAAUUUUUGUUAAAUUAAACAUUAGAUGGACAUAUGCUCCCCAUUGUUUCUCAAAAUGUUGUCCAUACAUCACUUGCAUCACUCGAGGAGCUGGUUGAAAAGGUAGAUUCUUGGGCCCAACUGUAGAUCCUCGGAGUCAGAAUUUCUGUGUGUUGGGCCUUGGAUUCUUCAUUUUAAUAAGCUCCUCCCCUCUGCCACCCCAAAAGUUUUGAAUCAAUGCAAAAGACAUUAGAAACUCCUAAGAGGUUUUGUGCUUUCACACUUUUCCUCCCUUUGAUGAUAAGGUUUGUAACUGAGCAGGAGGAAAACACACCGGGUGUUUGUUGGCUUCUUGUAGCACACUCUCUCACUCUUUGUUUUUUUAACAUCAGCCUGGUGUCGCAGGUUUUGUGUAAUACAGGUCUCUAAUCAUACUCUGAUGCCUGAACUUGAGGAGGAAAAUACAUGUAUAUUUUUGUUCCAUGAAAAGAACUUUAGGAACUGUAGCCAUUUCAUUGCCUUAAUUUUAAGAAGAAAAUACAAAAAAGCAGAUUUGUUUUAGUAAGAAAUCAAGUCUUGAUGCUUCAGAGUUGGUUUAGGGUGUUAGCUGCUAUGAACCUGGUGCCCUUUUGAUCGUGUAUUUAUGUGGAUUUAUGAGUGAAAUGAAAGGCUCAUUCAUAUGUAGUCUAACUUUUUGAGUAUGUUUCUCUUCAGCCAUGUUAGCCCAUGGCUAAUAAUCUACUCUGAGUGGCUUGCUUAAGCAAUAACUAUUUUAAAGGAUGUGAAUUACUGAUUCAUACAGACUAUUAUACGUUGGGGCAUUAGGGGCAAUAAUUAUGCUAGAGUGGACAUUCUCCUCAUUUCACAGGAGCCAUGUAAAUUUAAUUUAAGAGAUUAAAAAAUUCCUAUUUAGAUCCUCUAGUUUGAUUUUUCUAAUCAGGACUUUUGUACUGCUGCCAUGCUCCCCUUAAUUCUGUGUGCCAGCUUAAAUUAUGGAAAUGAAAGCUAAUUUAUAAACUGCAGGCAUAUGAAACUCUGCCCACCUCAGUGUCAGAAAUCCCACAGCACAGUGACAGAGGACUCUGGUGCAGGCGCACUCUGAAACUGUGCUUCUAAGGGGUGGGUUUUCUCCUUCUGCUGUGUUCUUGACACCUACAUGCUCAACUGUCCUUCGAAUGUAGUGUUCAUAUCUGAAUUGCAUAUAGUAUAUGCACCUUCACAUGCGAUGCUGUGCAAAACUCUGUAUAACUCUGUGCUACUAACAGUUAUAGUGUCGAAAUUACACCCACCCUGUGCAUGUGACGUUAGACACGAGUGAAUGCAAAGGCUAGGGCCGUAACUUUGUGAGGAACAUUACUCUUAAUUCAGUCACUGUUGAGUAACAACUGAGGUGGAGCAAAAGCAUCUUAAAAGACAGCUAGGAAAAAACUAAUAUCACUCUUCAUGAAAUAUACAUGUUAUAUUUUUAAAAACACUUUGAACAAGUGCAUUUAUUUUUAGAUUUUUUUUCUUCUUUUUUCCCCUUAACUUGAAAGUCCGAUGUGGCAUUGUACUUGGUGUUUUAUGUUUCCCAGCUCCCUCACGCUUUCUCAUUAGUUGUGCGCUGGGCGUAUCUGUGUGUUCAGUAAGUAUAGUCCCUUUGCCAAAGGACACUGAAAUACGCAGCUUAACUGGGUAGGUCUGCUGGCCAUGACAAAACUAUAAUCAAAUUGUUAAAAGUAAAGAUGAGUAGGAAAGAAAUGCCUUGUUAAAUAAAAAGGCAUCAGUAUUUAGUAACUUCUCUCUAGACAGUAAUGUAUCUGCUGAAUUGGCCCAGAUGUUAUUAUAAUACUGCAGUUUCAUUAGAUGAGUUUCAAUUAAAGUGAGAUUUACUUCGGAUUGGACCAAAUGAUACUUCAGUAUUGCCAGAAUGUUGAUUAGUGGCAAACUGGGGAAAAACAGCCACCACCAUUUUCUAGGUAAUGGGGAUGCCACUUUAAUUGCAACGGCUAAGAUUUCUUUUCAGGGUGUUUGUGUAUGUCUGCCUGAUUGAAUAUUUGUUUAGUUUGGGUCUUCUGUUUUACUUUGUCCAGUUUUGUCUUUGGCUAUAUUUACUGGCUCUUUGGUUUUUGGGGUUUUUGAAUGCUCUUGGCCCAGUGAAUGUAAAAGAACACUGGCUUAUUUCUAGUAAAUUGAUUCGUACUAUUAAGACUAAGUUGUUAAAAGAGUUUUAAAAACAAAAACAUUAUUUGUGCCCCCCUUUUUAUAUGUUAAAGGGACACCAUUGACGAUAUGAUUUUUAGAAUUUUGUGCUUUACGAAAUUUCUGUUGUUCAUAUAUAAUAUCCUUUAACUUCUAGUUUUCUUUUUUUUUUUUAAUUUUAUUAUGUUAUGUUAGUCACCAUACAAUACAUCAUUGGUUUUUGAUGUGGUGAUCUAACUUCUAGUUUUCAAUUCAUCCUUUGACUUAUUUCUUGUUUUAUUUUUCUUUCCCAUUUGUUUCCCAAAGGCAUAGUCUCUACAGAGUCCCAAGGCACAAUCACUAGGGACUUGGUCCUUUCACAAUUUGUAUGCAUAUUAACAGUACCUGUAACUGUAUUCUCGUAGCUCUGUUAAAAGGAUUAGUUUGUUUUUACAGUCCUUCUGGAUGGGUGGCUGCCUGGGUAGCUAAACUAUUUGGCAGUAUUUGACACUGUCCUUCUCAACACAGUUAUCUGGGUCUUUCUGCCUGGCUGUCUCUUAAUCUGUUGGAACACAGGAGGGGCAUGUUAACAUCACUGCAUUGAGUUUUUUGUCUGGUAUAAAGUAUGACAUGUAAAAAAACAAAAAACUUUGCAAUAUUUUUCAAAUUUUAAGAAUUUAGUCUUAUUGUAAACCAUGUAUCUAAUUAUAUUACAUUACUCUGUUCAGAUAUGAUGGUUACUACCUUUUUUUUUAGUUUUCACUUCACAACCAAGCAUCUCUAUUAUUAUAACUUCCCCCCAGCCAGCAAUAUUUAACAUUCCCCCUACUGCCUUUGAUUGAACUUUCUCUUUUACCAAGAUGUCAAGUCUUUGUCUUUCUAAUACCACCAUAUUUCCCAUUUCGGUUAAUACUUGUAUGAAUCCCUCAAGUAUGGAAGGGAACUAGCUUUCAGUUCCAAGGAUUUCAGGUUUGAGUAUCCUAGUCUAGUAUUCGGUGUCAGUUGAACCCUUAAAAAACCCUUUUAAAACAGUUUUACUUGUUUCUGUUUGCCACUUCUGUGGUUGUCAUUAGACCUUAUAAGUUAGCUGUCUCACAGAUAUCCUGAAUAAAAUAUUAGCUGUUAAGGCAGAAGGAACUUCAAUACUUCUUAGUGUUUGUUUGUUUGUUUUUUAAACAGAAUAAAGAAUGGAUUUGGAUAAAAGUUUUUUAACAUAAUUUUCUGUAAAUUCUUCUACAAAACAGCAUAGCUGAUUUGAGGAUGUAAUAAUGUUUUAAAUUAUUUUAAAAUGCAAGUGGGUAUUCUCUGAUUUGGUAAAACACUACAUUUAAGAAUUCUUUAAAAAUUGAUUUUCUAAAAUUAAAAAAUGUCCAGAUUAGGUAUAUGGCUGAGCUCAAAUUGAUUUGAAGUGCCCUGGUGAAAGCUCAACUUUAAAUAUUUAGAUUUAGAUGUGAGAAAUGUGAACUAUUCCUGACUGAUGAUAAUGGGAACCCAUAACAUACUUAGCCAAAGAAUAUAUUUGGUUCAGGCAAAGAUAUAAACCUAAUAAUGGGCAUCCAUUUUUUUUUUAAAGAGGAUGGAUGAAGUGUUGUGUUCUGGCCUGUAGCUCCCUCUGCUUAGAAAAGACUGAAGUAUUCUGCAGCAGCUUCAGUGGUGACUAGGAGGUGCGACUGGCACAUCACACUCUGAGACCCACACCAAAAGCCGUCUUCAUCCACCACAUCCACUGGGCUUUGCUCUUCACUUAUUCCCAGGCCUUCCUGCCAGUGGAGAGGUUUUGUUUUCUUUUUCUGUCUAUAUUCGUAGGCCUCUUAGGUAUUAGGAGCUGUCAGAUGUGUACUAAUAGCUAAUGUUCCUAGCCUGAAAUUAAAAGUACUGCAUCCGCACCAUGUACCUGAUGGGGAUCUGACCUCAAGUGUGUUCUGAGCCCAGGCUUCCUGGCGUGGUGUCUUUUUUAACCACAUAAGAUUCUGACAAAUUGCAAAUACUGGUAUUGUGAUUUGGUUCUCUGUACAAAGAAAGAAGCUCCAUGCAGUGAGUUUGUGGUUUGAUGGUCACAAAAUGUUAGCACUGCUACCAUUCAGCACGUGUAAAAUUUUUUAAAUUUAUAAAUAUUAAAAUUUUAAACUUACACUAAGACUUUUCAGUUUUUUUAAAGAAACCCAGGGAUGAGUAUGCUGUUUAAAUAUUUACCUCUAUUAACAUUACUAAUGAAGGUAUAAAGUUGCAUUUAAUUUUUCAAAAGAUGCUACAGUAUGAUUUUAGGAAAUAAGGCUAUGUACUGAGCCAGUUACAAGCUGAAUAUCAGAUUGAUAAAAUUUUAUUUGUAUUUUUAAAAUCCAUAAAUGGGAGUUAAAUGUGUCUUUUCACUAAAUAUUUUUAUUACA